GAGCGUGAGCUAGAGAAGGAACCGUCCAGUUUCCUUUUGUCCUCCCUGAACGCCGCCUUCACCUUAACCGAGGCAAAGGCAGCGUCUCGUCGGCCCCGUUCCCGAAGGCCUGGGUUAGAAGCCAGCCUCGGGAGCCCAACGCCGACCGGCCGUGACGGUGGCAGAAGGCCAGCCUCCUUUAUCUGUCGCACGCCUUCGGAAGCCACCCCGCCUCGGAGAGGCAAGGCCCGGUUGCGGCCCAUCCCUCAUUCCCUCCCUCUGCCGGCUGGAAUCUGGGGGAAAGGUGAGAGGGAAGCGGAGCCAAAAAAAGGAGGAGAAGCUGCCGCCUCCCUCGCAGUCAUUUCCAACCGCUGUUGUUGUGACUAGCAUUUGAGGGACGGAGGGCCUCCGCGGCCCGCGCUGAGGCCUCACAAACGAGCGACCAGCGGCGAAGGCCCGGGCUGUGAGACUGGCAUUAUGGAAAAUCAAGUGACUGAUCAUUCUGAGGAGCGUACAUUUCAGUACCAGAAUUCUCUUCCUUCACUACCUGUUCCGGCUCUUGAUGAAUCUUUAAAGAAAUACCUUGAUUCAGUGAAACCUUUUCUAAAUCAUGAAGAAUAUCAACGAACUUGGGACAUAGUAAAAAGAUUCGAAAACGGGAUUGGGAAGGAACUCCAUCAAAAGUUACUUGAAAGAGCUAAAGUAAAGAGGAAUUGGCUGGAGGAAUGGUGGCUGAAUGUAGCCUAUCUUCAAUCACGUAUAGCAACACAAAUCUAUCACAAUUUUGGAGGGCCAGGCCCUUAUCUUGAACACUACUGGCCACUGAAAGAAGGAACUCAAAUAGAAAGAGGCUCCUUAACUGUAUGGAUUACCUUGAAAUUCUGGGAGCUAAUGAGAACAGAAAAGCUGCCUGUCCAUAAGUCUGGAAAUGUCCCUCUGGACAUGGAUCAGUUCCGAAUGUUGUUUUGCACAUGCAAGAUUCCAGGAAUUACACAGGAUUCCAUUGCUAAUUAUUUCAGGACAGAGAGUGAAGGUGAAUGCCCAUCUCAUUUGGUAGUGCUGUGUCGAGGUAGAAUUUUUGCGUUUGAUGCAGUACAUGAUGAUCAUAUAUUGACCCCACCAGAGAUUUUUAGGCAACUUUCCUAUGUCCAGAGGAGGUGCCACAAUGAACCUGAGGGGCCAGGAUUGGCUGCCUUAACCUCUGAGGAAAGAACUCCAUGGGCAAAGACACGUGACUAUCUUGUCAACCUUGAUCCAAAGAACCUGGCCUUGUUGGAGAAAAUUCAGAGCAGCUUGUUUACAAUCUGCUUGGAUGAAUCAAGUCCUCAAGCUAUUCCUGAAGAUUAUACAGAGAUCACAAAGUUGUCAAUAACAGGAGAUCCAACAUUACGCUGGGGAGACAAACCUUAUAACUGCAUUGUAUUCUCAAAUGGUGCAUUUGGGUCAAAUUGUGAUCAUGCUCCUUUUGAUGCUAUGGUUUUGGUAGCCCUCUGUUCUUUCAUUGAUGCCAAGGUCAUUGAGUCAGAGGGAAGAUGGAAGGGCUCAGACAAAGUGCGGGACAUUCCUUGGCCAAAGGAACUUGCAUUUACAUUGGAUCAAAAAGUAUUGAAUGACAUUGCCCUUGCCAAGGACCACUAUAAAAAGAAGACAUCUGACGUAGAGUUGGUGAAUUAUGCCUUUACAUCCUUUGGGAAAUCACUGAUCAAGAAACAGAAGCUUCAUCCUGAUACAUUUGUCCAGCUUGCUCUCCAGCUGGCUUAUUAUAGACAUCAUGGACAUCCAGGUUGCUGCUAUGAAACGGCUAUGACCAGGCGUUUUUACCAUGGCCGAACAGAGACCAUGAGACCCUGCACUAUGGAAGCAGUCGAAUGGUGUAAAUCAAUGCUAGAUCCAGCCUUUACUCCAAAUGAGCAGAAGCAGCUCAUGUUGAAGGCCUUUGCAAAACACAAUAAAUUGAUGAAGGAGUGUGAGCAAGGAAAAGGAUUUGAGCGUCAUCUUUUAGGCCUCCUGCUUCUUUCCCAAGAGCACAGCCUUCCUAUGCCAGAGCUCUUCACAGAUCCUGCAUUCACUAGAAGCGGGGGAGGCGGAAACUUUGUGCUUUCCACCAGCCUGGUAGGCUACACAAGAGUCGGGGGAGCUGUUGUUCCAAUGGUGCACAAUGGAUAUGGAUUUUUCUAUAGGAUUAGAGAUGACAGGAUUGUUGUGGCCUGCACUGCUUGGAAAUCACGCCUGGAGACAGAUGCAGAAAACCUGUGUAAGAAUCUCUUCCAGUCUUUUCAGGACAUGGUCAAAUUAAUGGCAACAGCUCAACUGUAGAGCAGAUACUGGACUGAAAAUCUAGUGCCUUUGUUCCAUUGUGCAUUACUCUAGUUCCUGAAGAUUUGAAAGUGAAGAUAUUAGCCAAAGGGAGUGUUGUAAUUGGUCAGAAGACUUCAUGAUAGUUUGCCAUAUACUGUAUGCUAGGCAGAAAUAAUGCAACCUCUUUUUAAAAUGAGAUUUACUGCAAUAACAAUGCAAUUUUCCUUAAUUAAGUUUGCAGUAGCAAUGCAAAUCAUGACAAAUCUUCUAGUAGAAACUAUGCAAUGUUAAACUAAGCCUCAUCAAUGCAAGCAGUGGGAGUUUAAUAGAUUUUUUUUGUUAAGACUAACUUGUAUUUCUAAUGUUCCUUAUGAUAGAAGGUAUGAGAAGAUUGAAUUUGGAUGACACUAGUUUUUUCAAUGGUACAGAUUCAGCCGUCAUUGCAGGGAUAAUGCAUAAUGACUCCUUUCUAGAUGGGAUGUGUAUUGUGGAUUUUUUAGAAGUAUUUGAAAUUACUGUUCAAUGUGUAUUGCACCUGAUAUUCUCUGUCUUAUGCAAUGGGAUUGUAGAAACUCACAAGCUUUAUAAAAAUAUAAAAGGACAGAAUGCAA